CGUCAAUCCUAAGCGGCCAAAAGCCUCACAGCUCUGUUUAAAAACCCUUGUCUCGCUAUAUCUCUCUCGCCGUCUUGCUCUCAAAUAUUUUCUCGAUCUCCACUGCUUCUCUUGAGAUUCAUCGAUGGCUUUACCUAACCAGCAAACCGUCGAUUACCCUAGCUUCAAGCUCGUCAUCGUUGGUGAUGGAGGCACAGGGAAAACCACGUUUGUAAAGAGACAUCUUACAGGAGAGUUUGAGAAGAAGUACGAACCCACUAUUGGUGUUGAGGUUCAUCCUUUAGAUUUCUUCACUAACUGUGGCAAGAUCCGGUUUUACUGUUGGGAUACUGCUGGACAAGAGAAAUUUGGUGGUCUAAGGGAUGGAUACUACAUCCAUGGACAAUGUGCCGUCAUCAUGUUUGAUGUCACAGCGCGUCUGACAUACAAGAAUGUUCCAACAUGGCACCGUGAUCUUUGCAGGGUCUGCGAAAACAUCCCGAUCGUUCUCUGUGGGAAUAAAGUUGAUGUGAAGAACAGGCAAGUGAAGGCCAAGCAGGUGACUUUCCACAGGAAGAAGAAUCUCCAGUACUACGAGAUAUCUGCCAAGAGCAACUACAAUUUCGAGAAGCCGUUCUUGUACCUUGCUAGAAAACUCGCCGGGGACCCUAACCUUCACUUUGUGGAAUCACCUGCCCUUGCUCCCCCAGAAGUCCAGAUUGACAUGGCUGCUCAACAGCAGCAUGAGGCGGAGCUCGCAGCCGCAGCAAGUCAGCCACUCCCUGAUGACGAUGAUGACACCUUUGAGUAGAGAGAGACAUACGGACUAUGUGAUUCUGUCACUAGUAUUAUCAUUUCUUUUUCUUGACGGUGCUAUUUUUAUCUGUGUUUGUGUUCAAAAUAUGAAGUUUUAAAAGUCGAGGUUUGCUUUUACCGGUUGAACCGAUGGCACUAGUAAUUCUCUCUUAUGUUUUUUUUUUUAGUGGUCGCUAUGAAAACCAGUUGAUGAUCAUAAUCCAAAAAGUUCUUAUAAAAUUCCGU